AUGUCGUGGAAGCUCACUAAAAAGUUGAAGGAAACGCAUCUUGCACCUCUGACAAACACCUUUACCCGCUCAUCCUCCACAUCCACCAUCAAAGGUGAAUCCGGCGAAGAGACUCCGGUAGUUUCGCAGACUCCGAGUAUUUCAUCCACAAACUCCAACGGAAUCAAUGCCUCGGAGUCGCUCGUUUCACCGCCUGUCGACCCUGUCAAGCCUGGUAUCUUGAUAGUCACUCUUCAUGAAGGGCGGGGCUUUGCACUUUCCCCGCAUUUCCAGCAGGUUUUCACUUCGCACUUCCAGAACAACAACUAUUCGAGUUCAGUCCGUCCCAGCUCCUCUUCCUCCCACUCUACCCAUGGACAAACGGCUUCGUUCGCGCAAAGCGGCCGCCCGCAGUCCACGAGCGGUGGCAUCAAUGCUGCUCCAACCAUCCACGGUCGCUACUCGACCAAGUACCUCCCCUACGCUCUUCUGGAUUUCGAAAAGAACCAGGUUUUUGUCGACGCUGUUUCGGGUACACCUGAGAAUCCUCUUUGGGCCGGCGAUAACACCGCUUUCAAGUUCGAUGUGUCUCGCAAGACCGAACUGAACGUCCAGCUAUAUCUUCGCAACCCGUCAGCUCGACCCGGCGCCGGUCGGAGCGAGGACAUCUUCCUCGGUGCGGCCAGAGUUCUCCCUCGGUUCGAAGAAGCCCAACCCUAUGUGGACGAUCCCAAGCUCAGCAAGAAGGAUAAUCAGAAGGCAGCCGCGGCCCAUGCAAAUAACGAGCGUCACUUGGGUCAGUUAGGCGCAGAGUGGCUCGACCUUCAGUUCGGUACGGGGUCAAUCAAGAUUGGGGUCUCCUUUGUCGAAAACAAGCAACGCAGCUUGAAGCUGGAAGACUUUGACCUGUUGAAGGUGGUGGGUAAGGGUAGUUUUGGCAAGGUGAUGCAAGUCAUGAAGAAAGACACUGGUCGAAUCUACGCUCUCAAGACCAUUCGUAAGGCCCAUAUCAUCUCGCGAUCGGAAGUCACACACACCCUGGCGGAGCGGUCCGUGCUCGCCCAGAUCAACAAUCCUUUCAUCGUUCCCCUGAAGUUUUCGUUUCAGUCUCCCGAGAAGCUUUACUUGGUUCUCGCUUUCGUCAAUGGCGGAGAGUUGUUCCACCACCUCCAACGGGAGCAGCGGUUCGAUAUCAACCGAGCUCGUUUCUACACGGCCGAGUUACUCUGCGCACUUGAAUGCCUGCAUGGCUUCAAGGUCAUAUAUCGUGAUUUGAAACCCGAAAACAUCCUGCUUGACUACACGGGCCACAUUGCACUUUGCGACUUUGGUCUUUGCAAGUUGGACAUGAAGGACGAAGAUCGGACGAACACCUUUUGCGGAACUCCUGAAUAUCUUGCACCUGAACUCUUGCUUGGCAACGGUUACACGAAAACUGUCGACUGGUGGACUCUGGGUGUCCUUCUCUACGAGAUGCUAACUGGUCUUCCUCCGUUUUAUGACGAGAACACAAACGACAUGUACCGGAAGAUUCUACAAGAACCCCUGACUUUCCCCAGCAGCGACAUCGUUCCUCCGGCCGCUCGUGACCUUCUGACGAGGCUGCUUGAUCGUGAUCCUCAGCGUCGUCUUGGCGCAAACGGCGCGGCAGAGAUCAAGUCGCACCAUUUCUUCGCCAAUAUUGAUUGGAGAAAGCUUCUUCAGAGGAAGUAUGAGCCAAGUUUCCGGCCGAAUGUGAUGGGCGCAUCUGAUACCACCAACUUCGACGUUGAAUUCACUUCGGAGGCACCUCAGGACUCGUACGUCGAUGGGCCAGUUCUGUCACAGACAAUGCAGCAGCAGUUCGCGGGCUGGUCUUACAACAGGCCUGUCGCUGGUCUUGGAGAUGCCGGUGGCAGUGUCAAGGAUCCAUCCUUCGGCAGCAUUCCUGAGUGA